AGCAACUCCUCGCGAGCACAAUCCUAAACCUCGCAUCUUAAGCGCAGCACCAUGGAUGACCUCUACGAUGAGUUCGGCAACUACAUCGGGGAAGCUGUCGACUCCGAAGAUGAAUCUCGACAUGAUGAAACCAGACCGCAGGCUGUUGCCUUCGAUGAGGCCUUUGAUGACGAUGAAGAAGAAGAAGCAGAUAUCGCCAAUGAGCAACAAUUAAUGGAGGUUGAUGAAGGACCUUCUAACGCUGUCGUCCUACAUGAAGACAAGCAAUAUUAUCCCACCGCGCAACAGGUGUAUGGCCUCGAGGUGGAAACGCUGGUACAGGAAGAAGACGCACAACCGCUUUCCGAGCCCAUUAUCGCUCCAGUAAGGCAAAGGAAGUUUGCCAUCGAAGAAGCCGAGCUACCUCCAGUUUUUUUCUCUCGUGAAUUUAUGUCCGAUUUGCUCAAUUUCCCCGAACAAAUAAGAAAUAUUGCACUUGUCGGUCAUUUGCACCAUGGGAAAACAGCAUUUAUGGACAUGCUCGUGAUGCAGACACAUGAUCUGACUGAACGACUGGAGAAACGAUCAGGCAAGAAAAGGGAGGAGCAGCUUCGGUAUACUGAUAUCCAUUUUUUGGAAAGGGAGCGUGGGCUGUCGAUCAAGUCAGCGCCGAUGAGCCUUGUUCUCCAGGGCACCAAAGGGAAAUCUCACCUUUUCAACAUCCUCGAUACACCUGGUCAUGUAAACUUUGUGGAUGAGGUUGCCACGUCUCUACGGUUGGCAGACGGUGUUGUGCUCGUUGUUGAUGUUGUCGAGGGCGUACAAGCGAAUACUGAACAAAUUAUCAAACAAGCUGUGCUCGAGGACCUCCCUCUGACGAUGGUUGUGAACAAGAUGGACAGACUCAUCCUUGAGCUGAAACUGCCCCCAAGUGACGCAUACUUCAAACUAAAACAUGUCAUUGAAGAAGUUAACACGGUCAUUGAGAAUGUCUUACCCGGGCAGGGGGGGAAGAGACGGCUGAGUCCUGAGAAGGGAAACGUUGCUUUUGCGUGCACAUCCAUGGGUUGGUCCUUCACAGUACAGUCAUUUGCCAAAAUGUAUACCGAAACCUAUCCUCAAGUUGAAACCGCCGAAUUCGCCAGGCGGCUUUGGGGAGAUAUUUUCUUUAACCCCAAGAGCCGCAAAUUUACGCGCAAAGGAGUGGAAGAGAACUCUAAACGGACCUUUGUGAAAUUCGUUUUGGAGCCCAUCUACAAGCUAUAUUCCCAUACUAUCAGCGAAAGCCCCGAAGAUUUGAAAGAAACCCUGGCGAGCGUGGGCAUCAGUUUGAAGCCGUCUCAACUCACAUCUGACGCGAAAGUGCUACUCAACCUGGUCUGUGAGCAGUUUUUUGGACCUGCAACCGGAUUUGUGGACAUGAUUGUUCAGCACGUUCCAUCCCCAGUGGUGGGAGCGCAGAAUAAACUCGCUCGACAUUACACUGGGCCUCUAGACACAAAGGUGGCAGCCGCUAUGUCCACUUGUGAUCAGAAUGGUCCUCUAGUAGUACAUGUCACGAAGCUUUUCAGCAGUACAGAUGCAUCUAGCUUUAAUGCCUUCGGGCGGAUCAUGAGUGGAACCGCGCGGCCUGGCCAGCAAGUUCGAGUGUUGGGUGAAGGCUAUACCCCGGAGGAUGAGGAAGAUAUGGUGACUGCAACAAUCUCGGAUACUUGGAUAGCUGAGACUUCCUAUAACAUCCCGGCUAGCGGGGUGCCUGCUGGAAACUGGGUGCUCUUGGGCGGCGUAGACAAUUCUGUUGUCAAAACUGCAACCAUUGUGCCUCUCAAGUUCGAAGACGAUGAAGAUGCGUACAUCUUCAAACCUAUCCGCCACAUAACAGAAUCUGUGUUCAAGGUCGCUGUUGAGCCGGUCAAUCCGUCAGAGCUGCCCAAAAUGCUUGAUGGCCUACGUAAAAUUAAUAAGAGCUAUCCCCUUAUCUCAACGAAAGUUGAGGAGUCUGGCGAGCAUGUUGUCUUGGGAACAGGCGAGCUCUACAUGGAUUGCGUCCUUCAUGACCUCCGAAGGCUGUACUCAGAGAUGGAAAUAAAGGUCUCGGACCCGGUGACUCGAUUCUGUGAAACGGUUGUUGAGACAUCCGCUAUCAUGUGUUACUCGAUCACACCUAACAAGAAGAACAAGGUUACCAUGAUUGCGGAGCCUCUAGACGAUGGAAUUGCUGAAGAUAUUGAAAGCGGCAAAGUCAGUAUCAAAGAUCCGAUACGGAAAGUGGCGCGGUUUUUUGAGGAAAACUAUGACUGGGACAAACUUGCUGCCAGGAGUAUUUGGGCAUUUGGUCCGGAUGAGAUGGGCCCAAAUAUUCUCCAAGACGACACACUACCAUCACAGGUUGACAAGAAGCUUCUUGGCACUGUCAGAGACUCCAUUACCCAAGGAUUUAGCUGGGGCACAAGGGAAGGCCCCCUCUGUGAAGAGCCAAUCCGGAACACAAAAUUCAGGCUUACAGACGUUUCACUUGCGGAUCAAGCUAUUUACAGAGGAGGAGGGCAAAUCAUUCCCACCGCUAGGCGCGCUAUCUACUCAUCGUUCCUCAUGGCAUCUCCGCGGCUAAUGGAGCCAGUCUAUGCCUGCACAAUGACCGGGCCCGCAGAUGCUGUUUCGUCUGUAUACACAGUCCUUUCGCGCAGAAGAGGACAUGUUCUUUCCGACGGGCCUAUUGCGGGUACACCACUUUAUUCGGUCCGAGGUUUAAUUCCAGUGAUAGACUCAUUUGGUUUUGAAACCGAUCUUCGAAUUCACACGCAAGGCCAGGCUGCCGUCAGUCUUGUUUUUGAUAAGUGGAGUGUAGUCCCCGGUGACCCACUAGACCGAGAAGCCAAACUCAGGCCACUGGAGGUAGCACCUGCGAUGGCAACUGCACGAGAUUUCGUGCUGAAGACAAGAAGGCGAAAGGGUUUGGCGGAGGACGUUACCGUUAGCAAGUUUUUGGAACCGGAGCUUUGGAAGGGAUUGAAGGAAAGUGGCGUUUUGGACUGA